AUGAUACCUGCUUCACGACCGGAAGGUCAUCUGAACCUUAACUACAUUCCGACAUCUCAGCCAAUGUCCGGGACCUCGACUGGGAGCAGCUCGCCCAAUGAUCCUGCUGCCACCGCCCCGGCCAAGUCACCAUUCGGUGGCCCAGCCGGUCUAGGUGGUAGUGGAGGAUCGUUGGCGGGUCCAAGACUCGGGGCAGGAUCCCCGUCACAUGAACUGGGGGCUCGUCUAUAUUCGAAGAGAGCCAGGGAGAUUCAAGCCCAAGAAGGAGUUUCCCCAAGCAUUUGGGGUCCUCCAACGAGUGGCCAUUCUACACCUCUGCGCGAAAACAUUCCCGAAUCCCCUGGCCAAGAUGGCUUCCCUGAUCUUGUCCCUCCGUCCGAAGGCAACCUCAAUAGCCCUGCACGCAGAGCUCGAGCCGGUACUGUCCCUUCGCGAUUUUCCCCCGUUGAUACGCUCAACGGUGUAAAUGUGCAACAACAGUCGUAUCUGUCCAAAACCUCCCGGCCGACCCCAUCUACAAGUCCCUUCCGGCCUCCCGGUGUCACGAGUGUUGAAUCGGGCGCCAAGACUGCAACUGCAAAUAACGGAGGUAACACGACGAUGUUGUCUCGUCUAAGGGCGGGUUCGAUGCCACAGCGGCCGGGCUUGCUCGGAUCCUCCAACCCAUUCGGGCCAUCCUUGUUCUCGACAAGCUGGUCUACGGGACGGGAACGGGCGACAACGCUCACCAGCAUCCGUUCUUCUGAAGGUCCAAAUUCUCCAACUCAGUCUUCUUUCUCGAGGGACGGUCUGGCGGAUACCGACGUAAAGACGCUGGACUACCUUGGGCUUGCUGAGACCCCCCAGCAAUCGCGAGCGACUCUGGCUCGAUCUUCGGUUGACAUGCUUCUGCAGCAACAGCAACAGCAGCAGCAGCAACAACAACAACAGCAGCAGUCCACGCUGCCGCCUCUGCUCGCGGAAUUGGCCAUGAUGAAGAGUAACAAUCGUUUCAGAUCCUAUUCAGUCAAUGCGACGGAAAAGUAUGCGGAUGACGAAGAGGAAGAAUAUGCGACUCAUUACUCUCAACUUCCUUCUGGAACUUUGACGCCCUCGGCUGCAGCGACCGCAGCUCAACUUGCAGCGACACAGGCUCAGAUUCAUCAGCACAAUCUCGCGGUGCAAGCCUUUGCCAAUCACGCGUCUGCUAGUCGGCCUCGAGCGCGCACCGCUGGAGUGUUGGAAACGCCUCCACAGCGAUCUUCCAUCCGCAAUUAUCUUGCUACCCCGUCACGGUUGGACAACAGUAUUAGCGCGGCUGACCUCCGGAUUUCGGAGAGCGGAGAAUAUGACGAAUUGUCAGAGGCUGUUCACAUGAUGCAGCUUGGCGGAAAUGGAAACGGAAGCCUUGGACUUCGCACUUCUGGAGAGGUGGACGAGAAUAACCUGGAUGGUCCAACCAGGGCGUUGUGGAUCGGCAGCAUACCCGUAUCAACAACUGUCACCUCUCUAGAUGCCAUUUUCAGCUUGUACGGGAAAAUUGAAUCGACAAGGGUGUUGACGCACAAGAACUGCGGCUUCGUCAACUUCGAGCGCGUUGAGAGUGCAAUUCAAGCGAAGUCUCUACUCAACGGAAAGGAAAUCUUCCCUGGUGCUGGCCCUGUGAGAAUCGGCUAUGCCAAGGUUCCAGGGACGUCGGCAUCUGGUACUCCGGGCGCCAAUGGUGCUCAACCCUCGCCGACGCCCGACCCCAACGCAAAGCAAGAUGGCUCGAUUGAUGUUGCUGCUGCACGCUCUGAGAGUGCGACUCCACAUGUCCCGCCUUUGGUCGAGUUGCAGCCUGAGAUGGCCCAGAUAGUCCAGGAAUUCGGCGCCACGGAUGAGGAGGUUCACAAGAUCACCUCCAGUAGCGAGAUCCCGCCGAUUCCAGAGCCUAGCCAAACGAGGAUGCAUGAUGCCCCUCGUCUUCGCGACAUCAGAAAGAGAAUUGACAACGGCGCCUGUUCCAUCCAGGAGAUCGAGGAGACGGCCAGCGGAAUGCUGCCCGAAAUCGCAGAGCUAUCCUCAGAUUACCUUGGCAACACUGUCACAAAGGAGCAGAUGCUCGUCCAAAUCGCGCCACACAUCGCGGAAAUUGGAAAGAUCAUCGAUGUUACCAAGAGUCCUACACAGAUGCAAAUGAUUGUCGACGACCAGUAUGGAAACUAUGUCCUGCAAUGUUGUCUGCGUUUUGGCAGCCCUUACAAUGAUUUCAUCUUCGAGACUAUGCUUAGCAAGAUGUGGGAAAUCGCUCAGGGGCGAUUUGGCGCGAGAGCUAUGCGGGCUUGUCUAGAGAGUCAUCACGCUUCAAAGGAUCAGCAGCGGAUGCUCGCAGCUGCUAUAGCGCUGCACAGCGUUCAGCUUGCCACAAACGCAAACGGCGCUUUGCUUCUGACUUGGUUCCUCGACACAUGCACCUUCCCCCGCCGGCGGACAGUUCUCGCUCCUAGACUAGUACCUCAUCUGGUGCAUCUCUGCACCCAUAAAGUCGCCUACUUGACAGUUUUGAAGGUGAUCAACCAGAGGAACGAACCGGAGGCUAGGGAAAUCGUUCUUAAAGCCCUUUUCUUUAGCCCUGGAGAUGAUGUACUGGAGAAGAUCCUGAGCGACCCGACCUCCGGUGCGACGCUUAUCUUUAAGGUCCUCACCACUCCUUUCUUUGAUGAAUCCAUGCGCUCGGAAGUCGUCAAGAAUGUGUCCAAGGUUCUUACAAAACUGAAGGCCACUCCAAGCCAGGGAUACAAGCGUCUGAUGGAUGAAGUUGGUCUGUCCUCCCGAGGCGGUGCCCGGGAACACCACCACGGCAGGGAUGGUGCUGCUAGUCACGCAUCCAACACGGAUAAGCAGCAGCAUCGCCCCAGUUCGCGUCAGGUAAAUUCGAGCUACAAUCCGCAGAGUCCGAUGGAGAGGCAAUACAAUGGCCAAUUCGGCUCAAAUGUGUUGUCUCAGAACUUUGACAGUUCAAGGCCUCUGUCGGCUGACCACAACGCGGUGCCGUCUUUCGAUCAAUACGCGGUGAGUGGCAUUAGUGGCAUGCCAGGGGCUGGUGCAACGGGUGGUUUAAGUGCCUUGAAUGGCCUUGGCGGUGUCAAUGCAGCUGCUUUCGGCCAAGACACGAUGAUGCCAAUGAACCAGCAACAGCUGCAGUACCAAGCUUAUCUCUCGGCUCAAACCAGGGGCGUGUCUCCUGCGGGGCUAUAUCCAACCCUGUCUGGAGCGAAUUUCGGAUAUCCAGCUGCUGCGCCUUCUAUGGACAAUUUCAGAGGUCUGCAAACGCAUUCCUCACCUCUCUCAGGUGCACCCAACCAGAUGAGCCCGAGCCCGAUGCUCAGCCAACCUGCAUUUGCCCCACCGCAGUUCAGCCCCGUGCUCAACGGCGCUCAAAUGUAUCAAUAUCCUCCGCAGUUCUACCCUCAGGCGCAGACGGUACAAGGUCAGUCUGCAGGAGGACGGCGUGGACGCAAACCUAUCCCGGGGAUACCACCGGGCCAGAAAUUCAACCUUAUACUUCUAGACCCACCCUGGCCAAACCGUUCAGUUCGUCGAUCUUCGCAUUAUGCAACACAUUCAUAUUCUGAUAUGGAUACUUUGACGAGGUACAUCGAAGCGAUCUUACGGAAUUAUCUACAUGAGCCUGGUGGUAUUUCUUCCUCCAUAGCAGCUAUUUGGGUAACAAAUACCGCGAAGUCGAGAAAGGCCGCAUAUGACGCCAUGCUAGGUGCAGGACUGUCCAUUACGGAAGAAUGGAUAUGGGUGAAGACGACGGUGGAUGGAGAGCCUGUUUCGCCGAUCGACGGUCUAUGGCGGAAGCCGUAUGAGGUUCUCGUUAUCGGCCAGAGAUAUCAUCCCAGAGAGCAAGAAGGGAGAGAUCAUGGGAGAGACGGUCCCAUGCAGAGGAGAGUUAUAGUAGCUGUUCCUGAUAUCCAUUCGCGGAAGCCGAAUUUAAAGGAGUUAUUUGAGAUGAUUUUCUUUUCCGAAGCAUGUGCGCAGAAGGAUAGUGAGAAUGGGGAAGGGAUGCGGAGACAUUCAUAUUCAUCACGGGUCAAAUAUUCGGUUCUGGAGGUAUUUGCGCGAAAUCUCACGGCGGGGUGGUGGGCUUGUGGGAACGAGGUUUUGAAAUUUAAUCAGGAGAAAUGGUGGACUGAAUAA